CGGAAGUUCACCAUGAGAUGGGUGUCAAAGCAAGGUGCUGUGAUGGGGUCGUUGGUUGAUGGUUUGGAACAUGCCAAGUACACCCUCGAAAGUGCGCCAACCAUGGAUGAGCGGAAGACUAAUUGGUUGACCCGACUUAUGAACAACCUCCUGAGUUGUACCAGAGAGCAAAGGAGGGAUGUCGUGGCCUAUCCUCCCGUUCCUGCCCCGGCACGACCCUCAUUCCGUGAUGAUGCACCCAUUGUGCCCCCGGUUGAGCCCCCACGAAGGAGCAAACGCAGGCCUCUACCUACAUUCGAUGAGGUGCGUACAACUCGAGAAACCGAGAUCCCUGAACCGUUCGAGUACCAGUGGGCACCUACAGCGGAAGCCGGUGGAGGGUCAUCGAGUCGUGGAGCAUCUCAGGAGUGGGACACUUUCUCUCAUGGGUUCUCUCAAUUCCAACAUCAGCAACAGAGUUCGAUGUACCAGACCCCGCAACAACAAACUCCGCAACCUCCGAUCAUUCGCCAAGCUACCGCUCCAUCUCAGCCACCACCACCACCAUAUGUAACCCCAGUUGGGGCUCGGGUCAAGAGAAAUCCGCGACCAGCCGUUGAGCGAGCCCGCCAAGAAGCAGCGGCGGAAGGGGGAAGAAGGGGUCGAGGACGUCGUGGAGGACGAGGAGGAAGAGGUGGAGAUGGGGGCCAAAAUGAAGCAAAUGAGUGAAUUUAUCGUUUUAUCAUUGUAGUGAACUAUCCAUGUUGUUUUUGUGCUUUUUAGGUGUUGUUAUUUGAGUUUGCAUUGUCUAAAAACUAUCCUACGCACUUAAGUUGUCGAAUUAAUUUUCUGGAUCAUUUUAGCAAGAAUCAGUAUCUCCC